GUACUUUUCGAAUAUACGGUCGAAGACCGUCCUCACUUUCUUACAUGGCCGUUGAUCUUCCUCCUUGUGUUUGUUUGUUGUUUUGCCCUGUUUCAGGAGGUGUCAUAAUUGAUGUUCUCCGGAUUGACAACCAUUAAUACUGUUGAAGCUCUCAAGCUCCCUGAGGCCGUUGCGACGCGAACUUCCCGAUGUUUUCAAUGCUUUGAUUUAUUCGCUUGGCACCCCAUCGUCUCUUAGCUUCCAAGACGUUGUGUCACUCGAUGAGCCAGAUCUUCUUCCUCAUCCAGCCCUCGCUUUGAUACUUGUCUUUCCCACGACGGAUAGCUACGAAAGGCGGAAAGCUAUUGAAGACGCAAGACGUGAUGAAUACAAAAGCAGCGGGGAGGAUGAAGAUGUCAUGUGGUUUAAGCAGACUAUCAACAAUGCCUGCGGGCUUUACGGUAUUCUUCACGCACUCAGCAAUGGCGCGGCCCGGGAUAUGCUCGAACCGAACUCUCUCGUCACAAGGCUUCUCGAGACUUGUUCUUCCUUGCCACCUCAGGAACGUUCUUUGGUUCUAGAAAACUCUGCAGAACUUGAAAGUGUGUACGAAGAGGUAGCUACACAGGGCAUAUCGAGCAUUCCAGAUAACGCUGAAGACGAAGUUGAUUUCCACUAUGUGUGCUUCGUUAAGUCGCACAAGAGUGGCCGAUUAUACGAGCUGGAUGGCGAUCGAAAAGGUCCAAUAGAUAGAGGAGUGGUGGUUCAGCCUGAGGAGGAUGUACUUGCUCCGGGUGGACUAAAUGCCAUACGAGAAUACAUUGAAUGCGAGCCAGGAAACACAAACUUCAGCCUCAUGGCAUUAGUAUGUAGUUAAAGCCACCUAAAAGAAAGUAGAG